GCCAUGGGGCGGGGAGCCCGGCCCGCCCUGCUGCCGACGCUGCCGCUGCUGCUGCUCGGACUCUCGGCCCCGCUGGGGCUGCAGGCGGAGACCCCGGGCGAUGGGUGUGGCCACAUGGUGACCCACCAGGAAAGCGGCACGCUGGCAUCCAAGAACUACCCCGGCACGUGCCCCAACCACACCGUGUGUGAGAAGACCAUUUCGGUGCCCGCGGGCAAGCGGCUCAUUCUGCGCUUCGGAGACCUGGACAUCAAAGCCCAGUCCUGUGACUCCGACUACGUCCUGCUGAGCAGCUCCACCGCUCGUUACGGGCUGUUCUGCAGCAGCCUCCCUGAGUCCAAAGAGAUCACCCUGGACACGAACGAGGUGACCGUCCGCUUCGAGAGUGGAUCCCUCAUUUCCGGGCGAGGAUUUCUGCUGUCCUACGCCAGCAGCGACCACCCAGAUUUAAUCACCUGCUUGGAGAAGGGGAGCCAUUUCUCACAGGCAAACUUCAGCAAGUUCUGCCCCGCCGGUUGCCGGGACAUUGCAGGGGAAGUUUCCGGGAACGUGGAGUCUGGAUACAGGGAUACCUCUGUCCUGUGCAAAGCGGCCAUCCAUGCCGGAGUCCUGGCCGACGAGCUGGGCGGCCAGAUCCACGUGCGGCAGCUCAAAGGGAUCAGUCACUACGAGGGACUGCGGGCCAACGGCGUCUCCUCCCGAGAGGGCUCUCUGUCGGACAGGAGGUUUCUCUUCAUCUCAGAUGGCUGCAGCGACCUGCUGGAGGUGGACGCCGGCCGGCAGACGACCACGUCGUCCCCCAGGCCGCAGUCCGGCCCUAGCGGGAGAGUGAUCCGGUGGUUCCCCGGACAGGAGGGUCGGCCCCAGCUUCCGGAGCUGGCGAGGGCUACGGGCAACGGGAGCGAUGGCCGCGGUGGUCCCGGCUCCCCCGGGCCCCGCAAAUCGCUCAAAAUAGACUUGGGAGAGAAGAAGCGGAUAACGGGAAUAUGGACCACGGGGUCAGCUCAGCCCAAUUCCAUCUCCUAUGUCGAGACCUUCGUGUUGAACUUCAAGAACAACUCAAAGUGGCAGAGCUACAGGGAGGUUAUGAGCAACAAAGAGAAAGUCUUCCCCGGCAACGUGAACUUCCGAGACCCGGUGCGCAAUAACCUCAUCCCGCCCAUCGAGGCCCGCUACGUGCGGCUGAUCCCCCAGACCUGGCACAAGGGCAUAGCCCUCGAGGUGAGCCUUCUGGGCUGUGCCGCCACGCCUGGGGGCCCUCUCCGGGGUCCGGGCCGGGCCCUGCACCCCCUGAGCCCCCGAGCCCCCGCUUUCUCUCCAGCAGGAAGCGGCGACUCCUUUGGGUGUCUCGGGCCGAGCGGAAGCGCCGGGGGCUCGGACGGGAAAGAGGACAUGCCGGUCACUGAGCUCGUCCCGUCGGUGGAGAUGGACUUAGGGUUAAAAUUUCAGGCGCUAGUCAUCCCGCUGGGGCUGUGCGUGAGCCUGCUGGUGGCCGGAGCCGUGGUCUACGCCACCCUGCGCAGGAGGAAGCUGAAAGGAAGCGGGUACGGAGCAGCGGCGGCCCCGCAAUCAGGCUGCUGGAGGCGGAGGAAGCACCAGUCGGCGGAGUUCACCAUCAGCUACGAGCCGGAAAAGGAGGCUCCUCCGAAGCUGGAUCUGGUCACCCGCGCCAUGACGGGUUUGGAGUACCAGCAGCCACUCCUGAUGGGGACGGGGACGGUCACCAAGAAAGGCUCCACCUUCAAGCCCAUGGACGCGGAGGACCGGCUGGGGAGCGGCGAGCCGGGAGGCCGUGCCGCCCGCCCGCCCUGGGUCGGCCGCCACGAGUACGCGCUGCCCCUACCCAGCCAGGGACCCGAGUACGCCACGCCCAUCGUGGAGCGACACCGGAGCAGGGGGACGGCCUUCCCCCCUGAGGACGGCUACCGCGUCCCUUCCCCGGCCACCGCCGCCCACGCCCGUUCCCUUUCGGCCGGGGGCUUCUCCGGCGUGGGCAAGAUGGACGCCCGGCACGGUGACUACGCCCAGCCCGUGGCUCUCACGCCCGGGAUAGGGGACUACGACAGACCCACGGGCGGCAGCGCCUUCCCCGCCCCGGUCUGGGGCACUGCGGACUCUUCCGUGCCCCAGAUGGACCCCCCGGGGGACGACGGGUACUCCACCCCUAGGGACUGUCUGAAAACAUCCCAUCUUGCGGCUGAGACCGCGGACCCACGAGGGCACCCGUGCGCUCACCACGUGCGGGAGCCGCCGCCGGGCACGCGGGACGUGGAAAGGGCGGUGCCCAGCGCUCACCUCUGAACGGAUUGAUGCGUCCGUGAGUUUCAGAGGAUUCUCCACGGAGGCCUGGACGCGUCCUCCUUCAGUUUACAAAGUCCCUGAUGCCCGCUGUGCCUGCCGGACUCCGAUGGGGGCGACGGGGUGGUGUUGGGGGCGUUUUCAGGGGGCCAGCGCUUUUUCGGGCCACCGCGUGUCGUGUGUGCAAUCUUUACAGAGUUUUAUUUAACAAGUAAAAU